AUGGCUUCUGACCCCAUAGACAUAAUUCAGAGAGCUGAGAUCCUGGAGGUGCACACUUUUGGUCCAGAAAGUUCCAAGUUUUACAACAACAACGACCACCACCACCACCAACAACAACUUGACCCCACCACACUCCUCCACAUCCAGCCCGUCCAGCCAUACUUUGAGACGUCAGUGGGCCGCGGCGGGGAGCGGGCAGGGCCCUGCAAGGAGGGCUACAUCUACAUACCUGUGGCCUUCGUCAUCAUGCUCUACCUGGUCUACCUGGUAGAGUGCUGGCACUCCUGCACCAGGCUCGAGCUCAGGUACAAGGUAAGACAACCGCUUCUGGCUAAGAAAGAUACACGAUGGACAUGUAUUUCAGAACACACUGUUGAAACUGUUCAAUACGACUGUCCAUUGUCGAUGAGAAAAGAAAUCGUCUUAAACUGGUGGCGCUUGCAACUGCAUAAGCCCACCCCAAACCCACAGGUGUACUAUGAAAGGGUCGACUCCACCACUGCUGGGGCGGCCUUCAACUUCGCCCAGUGCGGGGUCAAGGACAUCUCUCGACCUCUGUGUGACCUUGAGAAGUUCCCGGCCAUCAAGAUCAAAGUCAGCAAGGGUUUCUCCUUCUCCAACCUGGACACAGAGUACGAGUUUGAGGAACAGAGGGCCCAGUUUUUUCAGGAGUACGAGACCAAAGACGACUACAUGGAGGGGCGGGAGGGGAUGGACCUGAUGGGCAUCAACUUCCGGGAGUACAUGGUGGCCUUCCGUGACCCCAACAACCUGCCGUGGUACGUGAGUCACCUCGUCUUCUGGCUAGCCUCCCUUGUCCUGCUCUCCUGGCCGCUGAGGGCCAUCAUAGAGUACAAGACUGCUCACCUGCACUACCACGUGCACAAACUCUUCGGCAGUAACUACGUCACGGAUGACGCGCAGUGCACGGGCCUGAUGACGCGCGUGAGCACGAUGAACAGCGACGACCUAGAAAUGAGCAUACGAAACAACAACGUGGUGGCUCCCAGCUACUCGGAGGUCAUGCUGGCCGACACCACAACGACGCGGCGAGGAGAUUACGGCGCCAUCAAAAGCGCCAAGUUCCCGCGUAGUUUGACCAACGUGACUCUCGCCAGAGGGACUUCCAUCGUCCGUAGGUCGGGGACACCGACCGUGACCAUGAACAGGGUCAAGACUUUCCGGAGCUGUACGGCCUUCGGAAAAUCCGACUCCACCGAGUCGUCCUUGAACUCUGUGAGGUCACAGGUGCAACAGCUGCUGCAGCAACAUGGCGGCAGGGAGCGUCUGCACAGACGUCGGCGAGUCCUGUCCUCGGUCAGCGUGCCAGGUCUGUCUAUGGCCGCCGGCGCCGGGACCCGCUCAAACCUGGGGACGCCGCCCGAUGACGUCAGACUGACGCCCGAUGACGCAGGGAUCACGCCGAGCUUCUCCUGUCACUCCGUCGGUUCCUCGCAGACGACUAGCGCGUGUGAACCGAUGACUGAGCCGAUGAGUGAGCCGAUGAGUGAGCCCAUGAGUGAGCCCAUCACUUCCGCCGUGCGCCGACCCGUGGCCUAUUUCAGCAGGAGCGGGGAACUGCUCAGAGGGGGCUUCUCCACGAGCCAACAGCAGCUGUCCAACAACUACGAGGAGGCCAUAAAGAUGCGACUGAUCCACUCCUCCCCGCCCCUGCCGCUCCCCCACCAACCCGCCAGCAGGGGGAGACGACCCACCUCCGGAGUUCCGGCUAGCGACGUCACGGAAAUUGGAUUAGGCGCUGAUCCCUCCCGAGUGCUCCCGCCAGAUGGCGCGCCAGUCACGCAGAUCCCAAAAAACGGAAGCGAGGAGACAGACACUGUGUUUCUGCAACAGUCAUCAGAGCAGCAACUGGAGCAGCAGCAGCAGCAGCAGCAGCAGCAGCAGCAAACUAGCCCAACUCAGCAACAGCAACAGCAACAUCAGACAUUGUAUCAACAUCGUCCGCUAAAACUCCGACCACUUCCCAAAGUGAACACAUCUGUGUGCGCGAUGUCGGAAGAUGAUUCCGAUGUGGACUGUUUACACAGUGAGCGCGGUUCCGAGUCUGAGUGUCAGAGAAACCAGCCUAGAACUCGGGGAUUUCAGUCUGGUGCCAUGUCCGAACCUUGUACAAAUAGGAAUUCACUUAUGCACAGUUCAGGGAAUCAGGCCGAGCAAAGAAGUUGUUCUGAAAGAGUUGAUGAACAAAUCACAGCUUUGAAAAUCAAGCACAAUCCAUUCGCCAAAGCUUUCCUGGACGCUAAAGAGCGCCCCUCGCUCUCACUCGCCAGCUCUCUAAUCAAUGCCUCCUCCCCCCCUCCCCCCGGGAACCACAGUGUGGGCGGGCGGCGAGGGCGCGCGGCGAGAGGUCAGAGUGUCGCCAUGUUCCCGCCAGUCCCAGGCCUUGGGGGCCGAGUCGGGCUUGUCACUUUCACGACCGGCUUGUCAAUUCCUCCCACCCCCGCCAGCAACGACUCAUCGACCCCUGUCCCUCCACAGCCGGCCAAUGAGAGAGCGAGUCGUGAGACGAAGCCCCGCCCCCUGGCUCGCUCCCAGGCAGGUGAUAGGUGGCGGGAAGUAGCGAGCGGGUGGCGCGGUGAUUUCUGCAAGCUGUUGGAGAGGAGCUAG